AUGUCAUCUCCAGCGAAGCGUCGCUCCCAGCGCACUUCUGCUUCCGUAACCCCACGAAGAAGCGCCCGCGAUGGAAAUUCUCGCAUGCCCUCCAGCAGCCCAGCGCCAGUGGGCCCAGACGAACAGCUCCAGUCUGAAGCCUCCCAGGCGUCAAACCGUGAAUCGCAAGCGACUCCCAGGAACUCGAGGUUGCAGACAGCAUCAACGCAAUCGCCACUUUUCUUCCGUUCGUCGCCCGUCAACCCCUCCGGUUCAGGGGUAGCAGAUGGUGCGCCAGAGAGCGAUGGCGGUGCGACGCCUAAGGCCAGUGCCAUGACUAUUGGAGAUUCUUCUCCCAUCCACUAUGCUUCCAGCUCCAGCCCUGGCCGAGCCCGCAACGCUCAAAAUACCGACAUCCGAAGCAGCAGCAGUGCCCUCUUCGUCCGUGGCUCCGAGUCCGCAGCCCGCAAUCGACGAAACGAUAUCCACUCCGAUGUCUUCGGCACAAGCUCUACCAAUCGGCGCCGCAGGCUAUUUGUUGAUGAGAAUGGCAUGGCUGUUCACGAUGCGUCAGACGCUCCCACCUUUUCCAAUUUGAAUCCAGAUACCUCGGAUGCGGACGUACUGGGCGGAAACUCGUCACGAGUGAUUUGGGGUACUAACGUGUCUCUUGUGGAUGCUAGGCAUGCUAUGAGGGACUUUCUUAUGAACUUCCAGCGCAAGUACCGCAUGAUCCAGGACGGCGAGCUGGAAGAGGGCAUGAGCUUACCCACAGAGCACCCCGCCAUGGCUCGCGAGUAUGUCGACAUCAUGAAGAUGAUGCUUGAACUAGGUGUCACUCCCUUGAACUUGGAUGCCCGCAAUUUGAAGGCCUACCCACCGACAAGAAAGCUCUGGCACCAAUUGCAAGCCUACCCGAAUGAAAUCAUCCCGAUUAUGGAUGUUGCCAUCAAGGACACGAUGCUUGAGCUCGCCGAGAAGCGUAUGGCAGAGAUGAGGACUCAGCUCUCCCAGGCACAGCGCGCUGCGCAACCCAGGGCUCGAGACUCCAGCUCUCUUCCUCCCAUGCUGAGCUCUGAUGCUCCUACCCCGGGCGCUCCAUCGCCCGCACCAUUCGCUGACAUUCCCAACUUGGUGAGCGAGGUAGAUCAGAAGACGUACAAUGUCAGGCCAUUCGGUCUCGAUAAGACAAUCAACUUGCGCGAGUUGAAUCCUGGUGACAUGGACAAGCUCGUUAGCGUCAAGGGUCUAGUGAUUAGGACCACUCCCAUUAUACCAGACAUGAAGGAUGCUUUCUUCCGCUGCUCGGUGUGUAAUCACACGGUUCGCGUCGACAUUGAUCGUGGCAAGAUCACUGAACCCACAAAAUGCCCACGCGCCGUCUGCGAGUCGCCGAAUAGCAUGCAGAUCGUUCACAACCGCUCCGGGUUCGCCAACAAGCAAGUCAUUAAGCUACAAGAGACACCAGAUGAUAUGCCAGAUGGCCAGACACCACACUCUGUCUCACUUUGUGCAUAUGAUGAGCUUGUCGAUGUCUGCAAGGCCGGUGACCGAGUCGAAAUCACAGGUAUCUUCAAGUGCAACCAAGUCCGCAUUAACCCCCGUCAGCGGUCCGUCAAGAAUAUCUUCAAGACGUACGUCGAUACGUUACAUAUCCAGAAAGUUGAUAAGAAGCGGAUGGGCAUCGAUGUGUCAACCAUUGAAGAGGAGCUCGCCGAGCAUGCAGCUGGUGAUAUCGAAGAGACUCGCAAAGUCUCAGUGGAAGAAGAGGAGAAGAUCAAGGCUACGGGUGCUCGUCCGGAUGUCUACGAACUCCUUUCUCGAUCACUUGCGCCUAGUAUCUAUGAGAUGGACGAUGUCAAGAAAGGCAUUCUGCUCCAGCUCUUUGGCGGCACGAACAAACAGUUCGAAAAGGGUGGUAGCCCCAAAUACAGGGGCGACAUUAAUGUCCUUCUCUGUGGUGACCCAUCCACGUCGAAAUCGCAGAUCCUGCAGUACGUACACAGAAUCGCGCCGCGCGGCGUGUACACUUCUGGAAAGGGCUCCUCUGCUGUAGGUCUAACGGCGUAUGUCACCCGGGACCCCGAGACUCGACAGCUCGUGCUCGAGUCUGGUGCAUUAGUCUUGUCCGAUGGCGGUGUUUGCUGCAUCGACGAGUUCGACAAAAUGUCGGAAUCUACGCGAUCUGUACUUCACGAAGUGAUGGAGCAGCAGACUGUAUCUAUCGCGAAGGCGGGCAUCAUCACCACUCUCAACGCCCGUACUUCUAUUCUUGCCUCAGCCAACCCUAUCGGCUCAAAAUACGACGUCAACCUACCCGUCCCGCAGAACAUCGAUCUCCCGCCCACCCUACUCUCACGUUUCGAUUUGGUCUACCUUAUUCUCGAUCGCAUUGACGAGCAAAACGACCGCCGCCUCGCCCGUCAUCUUGUCGGCAUGUACCUCGAAGACGUACCCGAGAAUGCGUCAAAGAACGAAAUCAUGCCUAUCGACUUCCUGACCUCCUACAUCUCCUAUGCUCGUACCCAUAUCCAUCCCAAGAUCACCGAACCCGCCUCAAAAGCCCUCGUAGACGCAUACGUCGCUAUGCGCGCCCUUGGUGCUGAUAUUCGCUCUCAAGAGCGCAGAAUCACUGCCACCACCCGUCAACUGGAAUCCAUGAUCCGCCUUGCCGAAGCACACGCCAAGAUGCGUUUAUCUGAAGAGGUAACGGCAGAUGACGUUCACGAAGCUGUUCGCCUCAUCAAGUCCGCACUCAAGCAAGCCGCCACGGACGCGCGCACGGGUCUUAUCGAUAUGUCGCUUCUCACAGAGGGCACAUCAACGGGCGAUCGCAAGAGGAGAGAGGAUCUUAAACGAGCGGUGCUUGCUGCGCUCGAUGAGCUUGCUUCUCCAGGUCAGACUGUAAGGCUCAGUGAGCUCGUUAAGCGGGUUCGUGAGGGCGCGAGCGAACAGGUGGAAAACCAAGAAUUCCUUGAGGUUCUAAGGAGUGCGGAAUCGGAAGGUACUGUGCAGGUUAGUGGUGAUGGGCCAAGGAGAACGGUGAAGAGGGUGGUUGGGACUUUCUAG